AGCACCGUCAAAAAAGUGAGGUUAUGUUUACAAUAACAUCCUCAAAACGCCCUAAAUCUGUGAUAUUUUAACUUAAACAUGAACAAAGAUAAAACAGAGAGUGACCAAAUUAUACUAGCCACUGGUGGUUAUGAUCAUACCAUAAAAUUAUGGCAAACGCAUACAGGAAUAUGUCAAAGAACGAUGCAACAUGGAGAAUCGCAAAUAAAUGCACUAAAGAUUACGCCAGACAAAAAACACCUCACCACUGCCAGCUAUCAGCAUAUUUACAUGUACGACUUAACAUCAAAUAAUCAAAAUGCAAUAAUUAACUAUGAAGGAACAAGUAAAAAUGUAACUUGUGUGGGUUUUAAUGCAGAUGGUAGGUGGAUGUAUUCCGGGGGUGAAGAUGGUAGGGCUAGAAUAUGGGACAUAAGAUCCAGAAACAAUUCAUCGUGUCCUAAAAUUUUUGAAGUUCAAGCUCCCAUAACUUGUAUUUGUUUGCAUCCUAAUCAGGUUGAGUUGUUUAUGGGGGAUCAAAAUGGCGUUAUUUAUAGGUGGGAUCUUAGAACAAAUACUUUUGAGGAAUUGAUUCCAGAGCCAGAUGCAAUGAUUUUAGACUUGGAUAUAGACGCUACUUGCAAUUAUAUGGCGUCAGUGAAUAAUAAAGGUAGAUGUUACAUAUGGAGCUUAGAAUAUGGCAGUACUGACACACCUACAAACUUACAGCCAAAACACAAGUUUGAAGCACAUAAAAAACAUGCUUUGAAGUGCAAUUUCAGUCCAAACUCUGAGUAUUUGAUUACUACAUCUGCUGAUCAAACAGCGAAAAUAUGGUCUGUUCCCAAUUUUACUUUGCUGCAAGAAUUAAAACAAGAUAGUCAGAGAUGGGUGUGGGAUGCUGCCUUUAGUGCUGAUUCACAAUAUGUUUUUACUGCCUCUUCAGAUUGUUAUGCCAGGUUAUGGAAUGUAAAUACUGGGGUAAUGGAAAGGCAUUAUGCAGGUCAUCAGAAAGCAGUGACUGCUUUAGCUUUAAUGGACGUUGCAGCUUCAUAAAAAAUAAAGUUUUUAAUAGGU